AUGUUGCGGCCUACCACCGCGGUUCUCUUCACCCUGGUGAUUGCUACAUCCGUGUCGCAAUUCACUCAGGAGCCAAGAAAUACCGAUCGGAGCGACGAGGUGGUUCUGAGCAUUAGUGAUAAGCAGAAAACUCAGUACUUGAGCCAAAACGUUAAGGCAGAUGCUUACAAAUAUGGUUACGAUGUAAACCCUCAUGGUCAGUUCCAUCAUGAAGUACGUGGCCCGGACGGUGUUACCUAUGGAUGUUAUGGUUACGUUGAUCCCUUUGAUCAUCUAAAGGCGACAUUUUACCUCAGCGACGGGUGGGGUUAUCGCGUUGUCCAGCCAGGAAAGGACGUGGAACUGUUUCUUCACAAGCACGAACAUCACGAAGGGGAUGAUGGUAACCAUCAUGAUCAUCACGAUCAUCACGGUGUGAUUACACCUUGGCAGCAGCUCUAUUUCCCAGCGGUGUGUGCGCAAUAUGAAGGUACGAAAGUUCGGCCUCCAGUAACGCCACCAUUAGCAGCAGUACCUAUCGGAAGUGGAACAACGAUCGAUGCAACGCCGACAAAACCACUACGACCUCCUUAUAAACCUGAUUCACUUGACAUUCCUGGGGGGCCAUCAUAUCCGGGUCAACCUGGCAUACCAAUUAUAUCAGAAUCUCCUGGAUUACCGAGUUCAUCAGGAAUUCCCGCAUCACCGGGAACACCGGGAACGCCAGGAAGUCCAGGGAGUCCAGGGACGCCAGGAAUUCCUGGAAGACCAGGAACGCCAGGUAUACCCGGGUCAUUAGGAAUUCCCGCAUCGCCAGGAACAUUAGGAAGUCCAGGAACGCCAGGAAGACCAGGAAGACCAGGAAUUCCAGGAAGACCGGGAACUCCUGGAAAACCAGGAACACCAGGGACACCCGGGAGACCAGGAACAUCAAGUGCUCCAGGUUUUCCCGGAAUUCCAGGAUCACCAGGGACACCAGGUGUUUCACAUUUUCCCAGCACACCAAUAUCCUCCAGUAGUCCAAAUUUGCCAUUACCACCAGGGAGACCAGGAGGAUCAGACUCUUCCGGAAUAUCUUAUCCAUCCUAUCCUACAUCAGGAAGUCCUGUCAGACCCAUAUCACCUGGUUCGACGAGUUCCAUACCUUCAAUUCCUAGUAGACCAAUAACACCGUCUUACCCAGGACAUCCUGGACAAUCAACUACAUCAGAAUCUUCCGGCAUUCCAAGUACAUCUGGAACACCAGGGCACCCAGGAACACCGGGUACGCCAGGAACUCCUGGUAUUCCCGGAACACCAGGAACACCCGGAAGACCGUCUCAUCCAAUAACACCGAUUGGGCCAGGCAUUCCUCCUAUUCCAGGGACAUCAGGUAUACCGGGAUCACCAGGAUUUCCUGGUACUCCCGGAACACCAGGAAGACCAGGAUCACCAGGAUUCCCUGGUACUCUCGGAACACCAGGAACGCCAGGAAGGCCAGGAACACCAUCUUAUCCAGGACAAUCAGGAUUUCCGGGCAUACCAGGGACACCGGGUAUUCCUGGAAGUUUAGGAAAACCAGGAACGCCAACUUAUCCUGGAACAUCAGGAAAACCGGGUACGACAGGUUUUCCAGAACUUCCAUCUUCUCCGGGGCACCUCGGCAUACCAGGUACACCAGGAUUUCCUGGCACUCCUGGGACACCAGGCACCCCAGGUAUACCAGGAAAACCAGGAACAUCGCAUUACCCGGGGACGCCGAGCUCGCCAGGAAUUCCAGGAAAGCCAGGAACAUCGCAUUACCCAGGAACGCCAAGCUCGCCAGGAAUUCCAGGAAAACCAGGAACAUCGCAUUACCCAGGAACGCCAGGCUCGCCAGGAAUUUCAGGCAUUCCAGGAUCACCUGGUACACCUGGAUUUCCAGGAACAUUAGGGAAACCUGGAACACCAACUUAUCCCGGAUAUCCAGGAAUAUCUGAUUCUCCAGGUUUUCCCGUAGGACCAUCCUAUCCAGGACAUUUUGAAAUACCGGGUACACCAGGAUCUCCCGGUAUUCCUGGAACACCGGGAACUCCAGGACGUCCUGGAAUACCAGGAAGGCCAGGAACACCGGCGAUAACAGGCACACCCGGUAUACCCGGGAGGCCAGGCAUACCAACUAUAUCAGUAAUACCAUCUUACCCAGGACAUCCCGGCUCUCCAGGGACACCGGGUACCUCAGGAUCACCAGGCUUUCCCGGGACACCGGGUACUCCAGGAUCUCCUGGCAUUCCCGGAAGGCCGGGUAUUACAGGAACACCUGGCAUACCCGGAAAGCCAGGUACACCAGGAAGUUCCGGCACUCCGAGUAUACCAAUAAUACCAUCUUAUCCAGGACAUCCCGCAAUACCAGGAUCUCCAGGCUUUCCGGGGACAUUGGGUAUCCCAGGAUCUUCUGGCAUUCCCGGAAGACCGGGUAUUACAGGAACUCCUGGCAUACCCGGAAAGCCAGGUACACCAGGAAGUCCUGGCAUUCCAAGUAUACCAUCUCAUCCAGGACAUCCCGCAAUACCAGGACCUCCAGGCUUUCCUGGGACACCGGGUACUCCAGGAUAUCCUGGCACACCCGGAAAACCAGGUAUACCAGGAACGCCUGGUACGCCCGGAAGACCGGGUACGCCAGGAAGUUCGGAAACUCCAAGUAUAACAAUAAUACCAUAUCCAGAGUACCCCGUAAUAUCAGGAUCUCCCGGCACUCCGGGAAUACUGGGUACUCCAGGAUAUCCUAGCUUUCCUGGAACACCUGGGUCUCCAGGCUUUCCCGGAACACCGGGUAUUCCAGGAUCUCCGGGUAUUCCCGGCACACCAGGUAUAUCAGGCAUCUCAGGUGUACCAGGGACACCGCAUUACCCAGUGUAUCCAGGAACCCCAGGUUUACCAGGAAUUCCAAGCACUCCAGGAUCGCCGGGUACGCCUGGAUUUCCAGGAACAUUAGGGAAACCAGGGACGCCAACUUAUCCUGGAUAUCCAAGUUUCCCCGGAGGACCUUCUUAUCCGGGACACUUUGGAACACCAGGUGCACCAGGAUCUCCUGGCAUUCCUGGAACGCCGGGUUCUCCAGGACAUCCUGGAAUACCAGGGAGACCAGGAAUACCGUCUUAUCCUAUUCAUUCAGGAAUACCGAGUACGCCAGUAGCUCCUGGAAUUACCGGUAUACCUGGUAAACCAGGUAUUCCUGGAACUACUGGAAUCUCAAAUUAUCCUGAAAAACCUGGUCAUCCUGGAUACCCUGGAAAACCAGGUUUUCCUGGUCAUCCCGGUCAUCCCGGUAAACCUGGUAUAAUAACAUAUCCAGGAAGCCCUUCACAUCCCGAAUAUCCUCAUAUAUCAGAAAUUCCAGGAAAACCUCAAAUUCCGGGUCCUCCUGGAAUCACUGGUAAACCCGAAAUUCCAACAAAACCUGGAAUUCCACCAUUCCCACCUCAUCAUAAUUAUCCUAGUACAUCAAAUAUACCAAGUAGUCCUGGAAUACAUGGCAUUCCAGGAACAAUACCGCCGAAUUUAGGAUAUCCUGGUACUCCCGGCAUUCCGGGUACUCCCGGCAUCCCUGGAAUACCCGGUACUGUUGGAACACCUGGAGGACAUGAUAUUCCAUCUUAUCCUACAUAUCCAGGAAUCCCCGGCACGCCAGGUAUUUCGGGUGUUCCCGGAGUAUUACCACAUCCACUACAUCCAGGAUACCCUAGUAGUCCUGGUUUCCCAGGUACUCCUACAUUACCAGGAAAACCAAGCAUUCCAUCUUAUCCUGGAUAUCCAAGUACUCCUGGCACACCAGGAACACCAGGAACACCCGGAAUACCCGGAACACCUGGAACACCUGGAAGACCAGGUAUUUCAUCGUAUCCUGGAUAUCCAAGUACUCCUGGCACACCAGGAAUACCCGGAAUACCCGGAACACCCGGAACACCUGGAAGACCAGGUUACCCUCCUUAUCCUGGUUACCCGCUAUAUCCUUCAGGUCCAGAAGGACCAGUGGGACCUGAAGGUCCUAUUGGUGGGGUAGGAGAUGUCGGUGGUGUAGGUGGUAUCGGUGGCGAUGGAGAAGUCGGGCCUGACGGUCCUGAUGGACCAUGGCCGACUGGUUCACCUGGUCCCGAUGGGCCGUGGCCUGGUGAUCCAGACUAUAUGCCUGGAAUAAAACCAACAAGGAGACCUUCGCACAGGGGACCAUUGAAAAAUCAACUGCCUAAAACCUAUCCUCAUGAUACGAGCGAUAAUAACUAUAUAACGCCGUAUUAUCCUGGAAACAGGUCCGAUUUUGCAUACACAGGCUACAAUGUAAAAAAUCUCGAGUCCACAGAUUUGUCGCAUUCGACGAAAUUAAGCACACCAUAUACGGGUCACAGAGAGUAUGAAUACGGGACCAAAUCCUCGUCAUUAAUUUUUGGAAAGAAAGGAACCACCUACAAUGCAGGUGAGAUCAACUCCCUGUUACAUGUAGGACCAACAGCACCAUCGUUAAAAUAUAUCGACGAUGAAAAAAUAGACUCGUUGAAGCAUACUGUGCAACCUUACGAUUAUGUAACUCAUACGAAUCCAGAACCAAUAGCAAAACUGCCUGAAACAAGCAAUGGACCGUUUUCUGUGCACGAUCAGGGCGAAUACCAGAAGUCAGUGUUUUACCCGACGCACAAUUUGCACCAACAGUCCCCGAGAAAACCGUAUCGGCCGAUUAAACUAGGACGCCAAGAAAGCGUGUUUAAUACGCCUGAACAGUACAAUAAUUCUGCGAAUGUGGAUAGCAAAGAAAUUUCUAACGUACCAUUUCAGCCGGAUGGACAUAUCACUGUUCCGGAGAAACAGGUAAAUGCACGACUUGAACAGCCAUUCCAGGCGAAUCCCGGCUUCGACGCCAUUGGGGUUCAGCCGCCCAGCUCCAUCAACGUCAAGCCCUUUUCACUACCUAUAGGCCCUGACCCACAAGCAUGUCCUUGUUACCUAGUCGAGUCGAAUAACAGCACAAACGUAGCAACCAGCACGACUCCUACCUCUGUCAUUGGUCAGUUCGGAUUCAUUCCUGUUAUCUUUGUACCAUACUGUCCCGGCGACGAGACGGACAGCAGUAAAAUGAAGGUCAUGUUCCCAUCCGCCACACCUGUCCCAUAUGCAUGCGAAGCAUGCGGCACACAAGACAGCAAUUUCGGGAUACAGGUGCUCGACGUAAAUCAGCUUGGCAAUGUCGAUUAUCUCAAGGAGGUGUUAAGUCAGGCCAAUCUUGGGUUUUUAAAUGUUCCAGUCAAUACGGCCGCCGAACGAAGGAGGAACAGGAGCCGAAAGACGGAAUAA